UAUAAAUCCUCACCGUCCGUGGUUCUAUGUCCUGGUAGCUCAUUAGUCUUAAUAAACGGCCACAAAAAUGCGGGAAACAUUUAUAUCAAUUCUCGCGUUGCUUGCCAUUGCUCCCUGCGCGAAAUGUUCCGAUGUCGGCAAGGACGGCUUCAAUUUCUAUAAAGAUUACUUGCGUGCACGAACUGAUGACGUCAUGUCGGAAGGACCUGCAUCUGGGGAGCGCAUGUUAUACUUCUACCGGACUCCUCUAUCGCUGUAUCCCGGUCUUCUUCCAGCCGUUGAGCAAGAGUACAGGAAGAGAACUGGGAACGCAUUUAAGAACCACAUGUUAAGUAAGGAGCUCUGGUCUGGCGAUUCUUUGGGCAAGCGUGGCUCUAAAACUGCCAUCUCUCUCAUCAUGCAAGGGAAACAUCCCUACUAUGCUACCGAGAGUCCUCGCGUAGACAACAAUAUGGAGCCUGUAGAGUAGAAGAAAGUACAUACAUAUAUAAUUAUAAUAUAUGUUGCAUAUAUCUACAUUAGGCACACUAUAUAUAUUAUAUAAUAGUCAGUAGCUGUUAUCUAUAUACUUAGAACAUUAUUUGUGAUUGUAUUAUUUAAAAUGUAUGGAAACUAAAUUGCAAAAUAUGUUGGAUUGAUUAAUAA